GUUCGCCCUCACUGACAGAGGCGCGGGCAGCAAGAAAUGAUUUUUCCUCGAAUCACGAAGAAGCAAUAGUAGUGAACAAUUGUUAAAGGCACGAAACAACCGUAGAAUUGAAGAAAUGGUUUAUCGGCGGGUUCACUUCUCCGUGUGUUUAGUACUUGUUUACCAGCUCACGGUGACUGCUUUACCAGCUAGCAGAAAUUUCACAGUGGUUAAGUUGUUCCCACCCUCCCCUCAACAAAGUGACGCCGGGAUUGGCCCGGUCCCCCAAGAAGUUGGUAAAGGAAUCGUGGCGAAUCAGAGGUCCGCCUUUCUCGGUAAUAGAGCCGACUCGUUCCGUUUCCAUAGGCCAGGGUUCGAACACGUGCCCGGAAGUGUGUCGUUGGAGUCUGCCACUCAUCCGGGACUUUACCUUCGAUACAAGAAUUACAAGUUUCAUUUGGAAAGGAAUAAGCCCACUGGAGUGUUUGAGAAAGAUGCUACGUUUAUCGAAAGAAAAACUCAAACAAAAGGCGCCGCUGCUUACGAGCUGUUUAACCACCCUGGAUGGUUUAUGUGCCAUGACACCAGCAGUAAAUUUGGUCUGGUUGCCAAGAACGUUGAUAUAGGCAGCCACGAAUUUCUUUUGGGCUGUCUUUACAUGGCAGUGGCUCAAACACCGACCAAAAAGGAUCUAAAAGAAAGGUUAAAACUCUCCCCAACCAAGAAAGAAAGUGCAGAGGCGAGAGCAAAUGUUCGAAACUUUUCUGGUAUCAUUUCAAAUGACGUUUCGGUGGAGAAUCUAGGAAAAGACACUCCCAAGAACGAAAGUGGAGGCUCGCUUGCCAAAGGGGUUUCGUUAAUAAGCGGUAGAUUUAAUAAGACUGACGACGCUCAGCUUUCAAACAAGACAAAUUCUGGUAAAAGUAACGGCGCGCCUUUAGCAUUAUCGAACGUAACUGCUGGUAAAAACGGAAGCUUUGAGCUGACAUUUGACGAUGACUCGGAUACGAUGAAUUCAACAAAGCAAACGAACAGAACAGGGCUACUUCAUGGCUUGAAAAGUGCAGAUGUCACGCUCGAAUUGCAGGUCACGAACGGCACGCGAAAGCCACAGAUCGAUCUGCAGAAGGAGAAGCAGGAAGUUGUGAUUACAGACACUGGAAAUGGAUUCUCAGGAAAAGGCAAGAACAAGCUUGAAGCUCCAACCACAAACAAAUUGGAAAGCAAUCCAACCUUUUAUAACAGGCUUGGCAAAAGUUCCUCUUCAAUAACAGCAAAAAUAAAUCCACUGGUGAGAGAGAACACGGCCGCAGUAAAUAAAAAUCAAACUGGAAAGAUUCAGUCGCUCGCGCAAAUGAAAACAAAUCUUCAGCUUAAAGGAAAUGCUAUCGUGUCAAACAAAGAUAUAGCAGGAAAAAUACAACCGUUUGCCCGACCAAAAAUUAAUUCGCUGAAUAAAGGGAAUUUUUCCAUACUUAAUAAAAAUCCAACAGGCCAACUGCAAUCGUUUGUGUCAAAGCAAGCUACAAAUCAACCGAACCCAUAUGGAAAACAACAGUUUACUUUGAAUUUCGAGUUUCCAAAUGAAGAUAAAACAACUCCAAAUACUUUGCCUAAUCAGCUAGCAAAGAUAACUGCGAAGGCACUGGGUUUCAUCCACAGUGCAUAUAGGAGCCAGCAAUCACAACAACAACAACAAAACUCAGCUCAACAGUUUACAAGACUAGGGCCUGUGUUUCGCCAACAACAACAACCGCAACAACAACAACAGCAGCAAAAACAAAAACAACAGGAACAGUUUCAGGGAACUUUGAAUUAUCUCAAUCAACAGAUACCACCACAAAAAAUAUUGAGCGCACCUCAUAAUUUCCUCAAUGCGCCUGCGCUUGUUUCACCAGGUGGGCCGUUGGUAAAUCAGUUGGCAUUUAAAACUCCGAAUUCACAGUUACCACGUCAGCAGUUGAAUAAACCAGGUCCACCACAACUGCUCAACAGCUAUAAAUUCCCUGGUAAAUCUUGGGGAGGAUUGAUAUCGGUUGGAAAGCAGAGUUUAAUGGGAAACAGCGCUAAUUUCCAUAAUUACAUUCAAAACGGUGUCAACAAGCAAGGGAAAAGCAGAGCCAAACUUGACGACGAGCCGAACAAAACCUCGGAAAAUGACAAGUGCAUCAGUCUCAAGUUCAUCAACAAAGUCCGCCGACCAAUCACACUGGUGUCCAGUAUGAAGUUAGAAGGUUACCUUGUCACUGCCGAGACCUUCAAACUCAAAACCAUCUUCAAACAUCCACGAAAACAUCACCACGUGAUUUUCUACGCCCGUGACUCUGACGACAGAGACAACGAAGUGUUACUUAAUAAUAAUAACGCAAUCGCCGUCACCCCAGGAGGUUGUGAUAUGCCAUUUAGAAGUGUAGUGAUGUCACACCAUGGGCAGAUAGGAAAUAAAGAAAUUGAGCACCUCCGCGAAAACGACGAAUACAAAUCGUCCAUGGAAGCAGCCAAAAAGGCCGUGCUUGGAAAAGGAGAUGAUAACUUUACACAGUGGACCGCAUUUGGACCCUGUGGGGCCACCUGCGGGAAGAGCUUGCAGACGAGGACACGCACGUGUAAACUAGGAAAGGUCUGCAAGGGACAAAGUCUCGAGAGCAGGACUUGCAUUCAGACACCGUGUCCUGUGUCUAUAUGCCUCAAAACUUACAGUGGUAAAUGCUGUGCUCUUCCUUUCGUGUUCCACGGCGCGGUGAUGAACCACUGUAUAACUGAUCCGCAGACUCAUCGUUCUUGGUGCGCCACCACGCCUAAUUAUGACAAAGAGAAACGUUGGGGCUACUGCCAACCAUCAGGUCCACACACCGAAAAAGUAGCACCAGUGAUAAGAAGCUUUCUUCCAAACUCUCCUGGUCAGUCCAAAUGCCCCGCUACCUGCACCAAAAUCUGUAUGGGCUGGUGUCCACAGAGAUGCUGUAAUCCUGCUGCUCGAGGGUAGAGUAACGAAGACCUGCUGAAGAACUCGAACUCCACGAAUACAGUUCAAAUUCACACAGAGCUGCCUUCCACGCAAUCUUAAAAAAUCGAGAAAUGAAGUCACAGACCUUUCAUCAUGCAUACAAUGUGCGUCAUUUGUAUAUCAAGUAAUUAUUUGACUAUCAUGAAUUUGCUAUAUCUCUCUCAGUACGUAUCAAGUAAAUGUCUAGUUACUCUGAACAAGAAAUUACAAAUUCCGCAUGAACAUGACCAAACCACCGCAAUGCAUUUAAGAUAAAAGCACUUUGAAAGCCAAACACGUGUAAAGCAGAUGAAAUGACAGAGUCAGAUGUAUUGUAUCUACAGAAUAGCUCUUCUCCUCUUGAUUCAAAAGAGUAGGUCAAAAGCAGUUAAAACUUACAUGUUAAAUUAUUUGAAACAGUAAGAAGCAAGUCCAAAAUCGAUCGCAUUUUCUUGCGCUGCGCACAAGUUGCAUAUUCUUGUCUUGGCUUCUACUUAGUUCGUUAUUUGAUUUUCUUUUCCUGUAUUGCGUUUGGCCGGAUGGGGUAGGGUUCGUAAAUCUUAGGAAGUAUACUCAGAAUUUCUCAGGAAAUUGGGUGUAGAUUUAAAAAGUUUGGUACUUUGUUAUUACUUAGAAGAGUAGAUAAAACCACGAAUUCUUUGAAGAUGGAGUGUCUGUGCUCAAAGUACUUAUGUGGGAGGAUAUUUUUUAUACACCGUAUAAAUAAA